UUUUUUUUGUCAGUGAUGAACUCGCUUUCACGAGUGUUUAGAAAGUCAACCUAAUAUUUAGACGCACGAAAGAGGACGUGCACUUUCUUUCUCUGAUUUCAGGUAGUGGCGUCUUUUACGAAGACCUUCUCAAUAUGGUGGUCAGAUCAUGUUUCCAGCCUCAGGAUCUACAUAGAAAAUCAUUCCGUUGGGAAACUGCUGCUGAAGCAGAAAGGUUCUGGGCGGCUGACGUGGCAUCAGUUCACACUGUCUGCCAGCUGUGAGUAACAGCAGGCUGUCUUGAUGGGAUAUGGCAGAAGCAGCAACAGCAGCCGCUCCUGGUUUAGGGGCAAGAGAUAAAACUGACCGGUGCCUUCAGUUCAAUACAUUUUCCUUCCAUCGGACAACACAAGUGAUUACACAAGCAGAACCCGACAGGGAGAAACAUGAAUGAGAAAAACCCAAACCAGACAAACCAGCUGUUUACUACCCACCAAGAGGAAGAAACUGAGACUCCAAGAGGUUGAGCAUUAGGACCGACAGUUGCAGCGCCAUGAGUCAAUGCCCCAAAGGUGGUGCUCUUCUCACAGGCCAGGUGGCCUCAGGCUUUCUGGAUUUCCUCUCCCUGCUUUCUCAGUUCCUUGUUUGCUCUGGGAUUUGGAUGUAAGUCAGUCUGGCUCAGCCCAUGACCAGGCAAACAGAAGCACCAGCCUCCGACAGGGUUCCGAGCAAAUACGCCAAGUCAGGCCUGUCCCAGGCUGGGGUAUCUGGGCUGUACUUUGCCCUAGUGAAUCAGCUCCAUGGAGGCCAGGUGGUUGCAACAGGUAACUGACUGGCUGUAGGUCUGAAGGCCAGGUAAGUCUUGGUAGAUGUGGCGCCUGGACUUUGACAUUCUCCAAGAGGAGAGAGACACUUGCGGGCCUGGAGAGAGCUGAAGGAAGCCACGCUGACGGAGGUGGGAAGCCGUCUGAGCAGGAACAGAAAAUAAUUACAUAACUGAAUAAAAACACGAGGGAAAUUCUGAGGGUCAAGGAUGGAAUUUUGGGCUCCUCAGUGGCCACCUCAGCCAUGGGGGAGGCCCACAGCACCAUCAAAGGAUCCAGACCGAGGGCUUCAGAGAGAUGGAACCCAUCGGCCCGUUCCUCGCUCUUGGUACAAUGGAGAGAGGUACCAUCAGUGGCAAGACACGCACGGGAGCCCCCAGCCGCAGCAGGACCCCAGGACAGACCACCAGCAGCCCCAUUAUGCAUCCAGGCCUGGGGAAAGGCGUCAGCCUGUUUUGGGAGUUGACUCUUAUGAAGGUGGUUAUCCCCGUCAGUUGUAUUCAAGGCCAGGCAUUGAGGAUCCGUAUCAGAGCUAUCAUUCUCCAACCCUGAGGGAAGAAUAUGCUUAUGGAGAUUAUUACUACCACAGACCCCUGCAGCAGCUACAGGAAGAAAGAGUGCCAAGGCGAGAGAGUCCUUAUAUGUGGCAGGAAGAUCACCGAGAUCAAAAAUACCUCAGUGAACAUCAUCACGAAAACCAGAAUAGUCUAUCCAAGAGUCAGAACUCUCAUAAAGACAGUCCUGCUUCUAACACUAGGCCAGAGAGGCCUGGGGACCUGUUUCCGGAGAGUCUGCUAACGGGAACCCAGAAGAAUGAGCCUUCGCUGGCCAAUGAGUCCAGCCUUCUCCGGCAGCAUGAGUCUGGUCUCAGCUCUAGCGCCUACGAACUCAGUCAGUACAUGGGAGCUGACUCAGAGCCCUACGAUCCCGUGGCGCCGGCAGCUUGGAGUCCAAUUCAGGCUGAGGCUGUCUCAGCAGCUGGUCCCAAGGCACCCAUGAAGUUCUACAUCUCUCAUGUGCCUGUGAGCUUUGGGCCAGGAGGUCAGCUGGUGCGCGUGGGUCCCAGCUCUCCCAGUGAUGGACAGACGGCCCUUGUUGAACUGCACAGCAUGGAGAUUAUUCUUAGUGACUCUGAAGAACAAGAAGAGAUGAGGACUUUCUCAGGACCCCUGAUCAGGGAAGACGUACACAAGGUGGACAUCAUGACAUUUUGCCAGCAGAAAGCAGCUCAGAGCCGAAAAUCUGAGACACAGAGGAGCAGAGACUCAGCUCUACUGUGGCAGUUGUUGGUUCUCCUUUGUCGACAGAAUGGGUCCAUGGUGGGAUCUGACAUCGCGGAGCUGCUGAUGCAAGACUGUAAGAAGCUGGAGAAGUACAAGAGGCAGCCGCCAGUGGCCAACCUCAUCAACCUGACCGACGAGGACUGGCCGGUGCUGAGCUCAGGGACCCCGAACCUGCUCACCGGGGAGAUUCCCCCCAGCGUGGAGACGCCUGCACAGAUCGUAGAGAAAUUCACUAAACUGCUCUACUACGGCAGGAAGAAGGCAGCCUUGGAGUGGGCCAUGAAGAACCACUUGUGGGGCCACGCUUUGUUCCUCGCCAGCAAGAUGGACCCAAGGACCUACAGCUGGGUUAUGAGUGGCUUUACCAGCACGCUGGCAUCCAAUGACCCACUGCAGACCCUCUUCCAGUUCAUGUCGGGGAGGAUCCCACAGGCAGCCACGUGCUGUGGGGACAAGCAAUGGGGAGACUGGAGGCCUCACUUGGCCGUGAUUCUGUCAAAUCAGAGUGGGGACCUGGAGCUGCAUCAGCGCACAAUUGUCACCAUGGGGGACACUCUGGCUGGGAAGGGGCUGGUGGAGGCAGCCCACUUCUGCUACCUCGUGGCUCACGUGCCCUUCGGCCACUACACCGUGAAGACAGAUCAUCUGGCCUUGCUUGGCAGUAGCCACAGUCAAGAGUUUUUGAAAUUUGCAACAACUGAGGCUAUCCAGAGGACGGAAAUCUUCGAGUAUUGUCAGAUGCUGGGCCGCCCCAAAUCCUUCAUCCCUUCUUUCCAGGUGUAUAAGCUCCUUUAUGCUUCCCGUCUGGCAGAUUAUGGCCUUGCGUCCCCGGCCUUGCAUUACUGCGAAGCCAUUGGCACGGCCCUCCUUAGCCAAGGAGAGAGCAAUCACCCUGUGCUAUUAGUGGAACUCAUCAAGCUAGCGGAGAAACUGAAGCUGUCAGAUCCCUUGGUUGUAGACAGACGCAAAGACCGGGACCUGGAGCCAGACUGGCUGGUGCAGCUUCGGAGGCGGCUCAAGGAGCUGGCGCAGAAGGUCACAGGAGACACUGGGGAUCUUUGUCCUGCUCACUCAGAUGCUUCUGGAGUCGGAGGAACAACAGGAAACACUUUCUACCAUGAUCUUUUGGGACGUCAGAGCCACUCAGAAGCCCUUGGGGACCGCAGAGCCUUGUGGCCAACACUGGAGCAGAUGGGGCCAGGCCAGCCCAGCUCACAACACCCCAUUCCCCACCAGCCCAGUGCCUGUCCAGCAGGAGGAGGUGUGGGGCAGAUGGGGGUCCCCGUGCCUCUUUACUCGGUUCCUGAGGUCUGUCUGCCAGGGACUGGUGGCUGUAUGGCCGUGACAGGCCCUCCUGGAGGAGAAGCCUGGGAAGAAACCCAGCAGAUAUAUCCACCUCCUGAGAAUAUAGUAUCUCAAGGAAGUUUCCAGCAUCUGGAUGGUCAAAAGGCUGUUUCCAAACCCCAGGUGCCGCUGAUUCCCAGAUCACGAAACGUUUCUGAGAGUUCCACCAUUUCAGUCAAGGAGGAUGAGGAGGAAUCCUCCGAUGAGGCAGAUAAAAAAUCCUCCCCAAAUCCAGCACAGACGGAAAAGCUAGGAGAUGUGAAAGAGAACACAAAGAGCUCAGGGUUUGGCUGGUUCAGCUGGUUUCGCUCGAAGCCCAGAAGCAACACGUCCCCUUCUGGAGAAGACUCGUCCGACAGUCCCGACCCUGAGGAGACCUCCGGAGAAUCUUCUCCCCCUCAGGCCGGGCCCGGCCUCUCACUGACAUCUCUCCCAGAGCCCCAGUCUCUGCCAGGAGGCCCCUUCUCUGGGGCCACAGGCGAGGGCGGAGUGCAAGGACCUGCGUCCGGUGAGGGAGCGGCCGAGGGCACGGGCAGUGGAGGCUCGUCUGGGCCUGAGGGUGUUUCCUCUGAGUUUUUCUACAACCCUGGUCUUCUGCUCCCCCCACCCCCCUUGAAAGGAGGUGUUCCUCUCUACAACCCAUCUCAGGUCCCCCAGCUCUCCAUGGCUACUAGCUUGAACCGGCCGAAUCGCCUAGCCCAGCGCCGCUAUCCAACCCAGCCGUGAUGAAAACCACACCCAUUCCAAGCUGGUCUCCUUCCUUGAUCUCCAGCCCCUCUGCCAUAUUGGGGUCCCCAAGAGGGUUGUGCUGGCCUAUUGCCUCCCCUGUCACGAAGAAGGCAAGAGGACAGGGUCUUCUAGGACACAGCUCAGUCCAGUCUCUUAACAUUGGCUUCAGAAUGAUGGAGAGUAGUCGGGUAGAAUAGCAGACCGGAGGUGAGCAGAAUGCCAUGGGGGAGAUUCAAGAUGGUGGCUUCAGAUCUUCAGGAAAGUCAAGGUUAAGAACCCCUUGGCUGGAAUCAGUGAGAACCCACUAGGCUCUGAGGCAGGAAAUUAUUUGGGGGAGGCUCUCAGAGCAAUAUUCGCAACUAACUUUGACUGGUUCCUCAGUCUUAGUUAUGGACCGAUUCGUGCCUCUAGUUAGCAGAGCUUUUAUACUGAAACUUGAUUAUUGCUUCCUGUCAUAAUUCCCUCCACAGUGACAUUUCAGCAGUUUCCCUCUUGGUCCUAGUUUUGUGCACAUUUUUAUGUGCUUCAGAUUAAUUAUAUUUCUCUCACUUUCUUAGCUGGUCCUAUUUUUUCACAUUCUGGCAUCUGGCUAUCAAGUUAGAUUGCUAUAGGCAUCAUAUUGUCAUGGUAACCGCUGAACCUAGUGAUGCAGAUGGAUGGAACAUCAGUAUAAUAAAUGAUGGGGGAUGUUUCCUAAAAAUGCACCCCUUCCCUGAGAGAGAACGUGUGCCUGAUAGUGUUAACCCCGCCCUUCCUACCUCGGGCCUCUGCGGAUUGAUGUUCGCAGGGUCACGGGAGCCAGAGGGAGGCGGGGAACAUCUUGGAAGCUUCCAGUUCUCUUUUCAAACCCAAAAUAGGAAUGACUCUUGCUGUUUGUCAGAUUUGCUGAAAAUUGCUCCUCACAAAGAACAUUUUUUGUAUGUGUAAUUGUACAUACAGGUUUUGUACUCUAAUGCAGUACAGUUCUGAUGUUAUGAUAGCGAUUAAACCAGAUCAUUUUAUAGCAAA